AUGCUGUUGCAGAAGACCCUUUUUACUUUCCUUUUGCCUGCGAUUGCAGCAUCAGCGGCACAAUCAAACACUGAAGCCUCCAUCACUUCUUUCUCCACAUCUUGCUCCAAUGCAGUAAGUCUCGUAUGCUGUCUCCAUUUUCGAUACCUUCUGACAGCACCAAAGUGCGCACAACUGUCCAAAAAUCUCGGAUCCAAACUCCACUAUCAUAACGAAGGCUUCACAGUCUGGGAUGCCAAACAACAAGAGACUCAGUCUGCGUGCCGCGUGGAGCCAUCCUCCGCUCAAGAUGUCAGCAGUAUCUUAACAAUACUGUUGAAUAACUGGUGCAAUUUUGCGGUCAAGGGAGGAGGCCACUCCAGAGACGCAGAUGACUCAGUGUCAGUUGGUGGCGUGACUAUUGACCUGCAAUUGAUGAAGUCUCUGAAAGUGGCUCCUGAUAGAAAGUCAGUGAGCCUCGGGAGUGGUCAUGUCCUCUAUACUAUGUACCAUGGUCUCGAGGCGUUUAACCUAAGUACCAUCGGUGGUCGAGUCGCGGAUGUUGGGUUGGGCGGAUACGCCCUUGGUGGCGGUAUCUCAGAUCUCUCCCCAAAAUAUGGACUCGCAGUGGACAAUAUCCUCGAAUACGAGAUUGUUCUACCUAACGCGACCAUUGUUCAAGUGAAUGAAAAUCAGCAUCCCGAUCUUUACUUCGCACUUCGAGGAGGAAUGUCCAAUUUCGGCAUUGUGACGUGCUAUACGAUGCGCGCCAUUCCACAGGGAAACAUAUUGGGCGGAAGCAGGACAUACAGCUCUGCCCAGAAAGACACGCUCACCAACGAGGCUUUUAAACUCACCACGAUUUGGAAAAAUGAUACCGACAUGGCCUUCUCCUAUGGCUACAACUACAAUCAAACGCUUGAUGAAUUUUCUCUUAGUUUUACGCAAGCAUAUACACAGCCAGUGCUCCAACCUGCUCCUUUUGUGGGUCUUCAUCGGAUACCGUACAGAUCGAGCACAGUGCGCAUUGAUCGAAUGAGCAACUUUAGCUUAGAAGGUGCUUCGCAUACACCGUCUGGUGGUCGUAAUUUGUUCGCCACUGUGACCUACUCUCCCUCUGCGGAAAUGGACCGACACAUCAUGCAGAUAAUGGCAGAGGAACUUGAUUCCAUUAAAGACGUACCAGGAUUCUUUCCCAAUGUGAUAUUUCAACCUCUUUAUGAAGGUGCUGUUCGUGCAGGCCAUGAAAGAGGGGGCAAUGCUCUUGGUAUUGACGCAGAGGGCCCACUGACCAUUUCUUUAUUGACUGUACUAUGGUCUGACCCAAUUGAUGACGACGCCGUCAAUGCUUUUGUUCAUCGGUGGAUCCAGCGCGCAACGAACGACACCGAUCAAGCGGGAAUUCACCAUCGUUGGCUUUAUAUUAAUUAUGCCUAUCACCAGCAGGACCCGUUUUCUGGAUAUGGCAAAGUAAAUAAGGAGAAGCUAAUUGACGUUCAAGAGUCGAUUGACCACUUGGGGGUGUUUACGUCGCAGGGCUUAUGCAGAGGAUCUUUCAAGCUGCGUUAG